AUGACGACUCAAAAUGAAAACGGUAGUAUUAGUGAAAUUAAUGGAAACAAUCUUACGAUAGCAGUGAUAAAAAAAUCAUCAAGUAGCGAAUAUGAAAAAAAUCAGGAAGAAUCAAUUAUCAUUGAUGAAAACGAAGAAAAGCAUAUUUCAACGCAUGGGACUGAAGAGAAAAAUAAUAUUAAUGAUGAUACUGAAAUAAAUUCUAAUUCAAUAACAAAAGUAAAUAUUAAUGAAGAACAAGAACAAGAACAACAAAAAGAAGAAACAACACCAGUAAAUAAUCAUGAAGAUGAUAAUCGACCGAAAAGAUCAUUUAAUUCGAAAUACAAAUACUCAUCAAUGCCAUAUCAUCGAGCGCCGUGUUAUAUGAAUGGUCAUCCGUAUGGGCCAGCGCCCUAUUAUUAUUAUCAAGUAGCACCUAUCACCGAAAAACCACCACCAUUAAUGAUCAUACCAACUCAACCACCAUCAACAACAACAACGGCAGUAUCAUCAACAUCACCAACAAUGACGACGACGACGACGACGACGGCGACAAUAACAACAACAGAUAAUCAAACUAGCAAUUCAACCACAGCAUCUUCUCAAAAUUUACGUUCUCGUUCGAGGCAAACAUCAGCAAAUGAAAAUGAUUCAAAUUCACAACAAUCAUCAUCUCAAAUAUCAACAACGACAGGUUCACAACCGACAACGAAUGGUCGUCGUCAUCGAAGUAUUUUACCACGUGGUAGUUGUAAUUAUUAUUCUCACCAUCCACCACCACCCUUAAUGGCAACACCACCGGGUGUUCUUUUUCCAUAUCCACCAACAUUUCAUCAGCCAGGUCAUGUUGCAUAUAACAUUCGAACACCUGAUGAAUUUGAAUUACUUGCUUUUCAACAACAAGUAAUGAAUCUACCACCAUCGCUUAAUUGGCCAUUAGAAGCAGGAUAUCCUCCAUAUCUACCAUAUUCAAUAUAUGAUCAAUCUGCAUACAUGUACAAUAAUUCACUAACAAUGAAUUCAAAUAGUUCAUUACUUAAUCCCGAAGCUGCUGAAUGGGUACCGCCAAUAACUGAUAAUGAUGUCUCAUCAUCAGAUAAUAAUAUUUUAAUUGAUGAUGAAAUUAAUUUUCCACCACUGAAUAACAAUCGUGUAGAAGAAAAUAAUUCUGAACCACACAUUCAAGUAGAUGCUGUACUAGAAAGAGAAUCAACAAACAAUACAGAAGAUAAAACAACUAUAACAUCUUCAAAAACUGAUACAACGAUAACUAAUUCAUCAUCUAGUCAAGAUGAUACUAAAAGUAUAUUAUCAUCAUCAUCUAAAUCAACAACAAUAUCAUAUUCAAAUGUUAUUCUUCAAGCAUUAGAUGCUAAUAAACCAAAUAAAACUACAAAUGCUAAUACUAAUAAUCAAAAUCAAAAUCAAAAUCAACGCCGACAACAACAGUCAACAAAUCAAGUACAUGUUCAAUUACCACCAAGAGAUCGAACAAAUAAACAACUGAAGCCACAAGUUCCUAUUACUAAAGAUAUACCAGCUCGUCGCCGCCCGACUACGUUAAAUCGAAAUAAUUUUCAUGGAAUACGAAAUCCACCUUCAACAGAAAUAACAAAACCACAGCAACAUAUAACUGAUGAUUGGAUUGAAGUUAAAUCGAAAAAAACAAAAAAAUUUGACCGUUCAAUAACCGAUAUACAAUAUGAAAAUUCAACAAAUAUAUCUCAAAAAUCAUUGUCAGAUCAACAUCUUACUAAAACAUUAUCACCGCCAUCAUCAUUAUCAUCAAUAAGUGAUAAUGCCAUGGGAACUUUUACAUCAGAAGAAGACGAUGACAAAGAUGAUUUAAUUACUGUAUCAGAUAACAAACCUAUUAUCGUCGAUGAAAAUGAAAUUAGAACAACGACAACAAAAGAUUGCAAUCAAAUUAUCAUUGAUGAUAUACAUAGGAGACUUGAUAAUGGUGAAAAAUUAUUGAUUCUAAUGAGAGGAUGUCCCGGUUCGGGCAAAUCAACACUAGCUAAAUCUUUAAAUAAUGGUUAUAAUGGUCAAAUUUUCUCAACAGAUGAAUAUCGAUUGGAUUUAACAAAAGUUGACACUGUUCAUCUUGGUACUCAUGAAUUAGGUGAACUUUCCAACAUAAAUUUUUAUAUAUUUAAACGACAGGUAUUUGUUUUAUUUUUAGCGUCUGAUACAUUACGAAAAAAAAUCUCUCCAAUUAUUAUUGAUAAUACAAAUUCAACAUUAUUGGAAAUGAAACCAUAUGCAGCAAUGGGAAGAGAAGCUGGUUAUGGUAUUAUUCUUGUAGAACCUCAAACACCUUGGCGUUAUAAAGCUCGUGAAUUAGCCAAACGAAAUCUUCAUAAUAUACCAUUACGACGUAUUAAAGAAAUGUUAAAUAAUUUUGAGCAAAAUGUAACCGUUGAAAGUCUAGUUGGUCAAACAAAACCUAAUCUAUUUGUACCAUCUCAAGCACAAAAUAUUCUUGAACAAAAUGGAAUCGAUCAUGAAUCAAUAGAUCCAAUACUAACAUCAAAAAAAUCCUACAAUAUAAUUGAUGAUUCAAAUAUUCUUAAUGAUGUUCGUCUCUGUAUAAAUGAUAUGAUCUUAUUUUUAACAUCAACUUUUUAUCAAACAUCGCAAUCAUCAUCAUCAUCAUUGUCUUUAUCGUUUCCCGAUUUAUCAUUGAUACAAACAUCAUCAUCAUCGCCAACAACACCGACAACACCUUAUUCAUUAUUUCAUCGUUCUCUAUCGCGUUUUUCAUCAACAACGAGUAGUCAAGAUCAUUCAUUUACUAAUGAACAUCUUUUACGUUUGCCAUCAACAGUAUUUCCACGUUGUAUCGAAAAAUUGACUCCACCGUCAUCCACCAAUUCAAGUAUUAUUGGAAAAAAGCGACGUAAAAAUAAAAAUAAACAGCAACAACAUCAGCGUCAGCAAUCAAAUGAAAUUCUACUUAACACAAAUAAUAAUAAUAAUAGUUACUGUAAUACUAUGAAUGAAGGUGAUAAUUAUUUACAACAAUCAACAUAUAGUGUUAUUCUUCCAGAGGAUGAUGCUGGUUUUGUUAUUAUUGAUGAACAAAAUGACGAUGAUUGUUGCGAUAAUUUUAUUGAAAAUUUCGACCAACAGAGAAAUUUUCAAAGGAAUCAUUCAUCAGUGAAUCAUAAUAACAAGAGCUCCAGUAAUAAUAAAAACGAUGAAUUGUCAAAUGUAAUUCAUAAUGAAUUAACACAACCAUCUAUAUUAACUGAUCAAAAUCCAUUCAGAAUUAUGAAUCAUAUUGCUUUACAAUGUUCAUCAGAUGAUUUCAAUCAGGAAGCAGCUUUGUCCGAUCGAAUUUUAAUUGGUCAUCUAUUAACUGAACAAUCAACACUAUCACCACCUAUUUCACCACCAGCAGGUUACAUUGAAUGUGGUACACAAGUUGAUUUAAAUGAAAAUAAUAUCUAUUCAUUAUCACAUAUGAUUGAAUUGUAUUCUGAUCGAUUAUCACCUCCACUUGUCAAACAAUUCUAUGAUCUUUGUAAUGGCGACAUUUCAUCGACGCGACUACAAAUUGAAGAGUAUCUUAAACAUAAUCAUGAAAUAUCGACUAUUCCAACACUUCGACAAUUAAGUUUAAAUGCUUUAAAUCAAUGGAAUGAAGAAUUAAGACAUUCAAAUCCAUCAUUUGAUACAAUUUCAAUCGGCGAUCUACUCCAAGAUAUUAAUGAUGAUGAUGUAUAUGAAGAAUUAAUAUUAGACAAUGAAACAAAUGAUAAUUCGAUACAAUUUACUGAUACAAAUCAAAUGAAACUGCCAGAAUCAAUAAUAAAUUUUUUACAAGAACUUUAUGGUGAAUUGCCAAUACAAUCAUCUGAUCGUGCUAAUGGUUUAUCUUUACCAUUAGAUGAUGAUCUAUCAAUGAAUCUUUAUCAAGCUUUACAAAGAUUUUUAGGUAUACCAAAUAAAAUAAAUAAACCGGUGAACUACAAGAGAUUAAUUAAAGAGAAUGAAAAAUUAAAUAAACAACGUUGGAAUUUCCCGACACAACAGGAAUCAAAUGUCAGUUCAAAUAAGAAAACAAGUGGUCCAUCAUUAAAAGAAAUUAUGAAUGAAGAACUUAAUUAUAUUAAUACAAAGAAAGCAGUACAGAAACCUCAACUUAACUUCGCUAGUCAACAUAAAUUAAAAGAAUUAAAACAUAAUUUUCCAAGUCUUACCGAUGAUUUCAUUUAUGAAAUGUUUUGUGAAAAUGAAUCCGAUUAUAAUUUAACAUUAGUUUGCAUAUCAUCACUGCUCGAUGAAAAUGUUUCAAUAAGUAUGCCUAAAAAAUCUCCAUCAUUAUCAGCAUUAUCAGCAACAACACCAACAUCUAAUUAUCGUUCUACUGCAACAACGACUGAAACAAUUCAUGAAUCUUACGAAACUUUACGCCGUGAUGCCCGUUUUCAUGCUUCAAAACGUAAAGAGUGUUUCAAUAAAGCUGAUCAAGCAAAUCGUCAUGGAAUGAUCGGUGUUGCAUCGUAUUAUAUAAAUCAAGCUCGUGAACAAGCUCGACUUAUGAAAGAUGCAAAUCGCACAGCAAGUGAACACUUAUCUAGAACACGGCUUGUUAAAUUUCGACAAACACAUCAACUUGAUCUUCAUGAAUUAUAUCCAGAUGAAGCACUUCAUUUAUUUAAACUAGCUGAAGAAGAAUUAAAUGGAGGAAAUAGACGGGCAACACCAAAAUCAAUUGAAGUUAUAACUGGCUAUGGGAAACAUUCAGCUUAUGGAGGUGGCUGUGGGAAAAUACGUUCUACUAUUCUUGCUUAUUUACGGCAAAAAAAAUACAAAUAUUAUGAAUCCAACAAAGGCGCUAUUGUAGUGCAAUUUUAA